AUGGUGAGUAAGGAGCCCGGCAAAUGCUUACUCACCGCCUCGGAAAGCGAAGUUGAGCCAGCGGCUUCCCUGGCGUUGGAGAUGAAAUACGCGCUGGAUCCCAACCGGCAGAUUAAGAAACGCAACAAAGCCCUCCAGGUGAGAUUUAAAGAUAUCUGCGAGGCCCAGAACGAGCAGAGGGACAAGCAGCUGUCCACCACGCAGGAUCCCGACAAGAGAGAAGCCAAGGCCCUUUCCUACAAAACCGCUUAUCGCAAGUACAUGACAGUGCCUGCCCGGAGGUCGAUACCCAACGUCACCAAGAGCACAGGAGUUCAGACUUCACCUGAUCUUAAAAAGUGUUACCAGACCUUCCCUCUGGACCGAAAAAAAGGGAAUAUUCUUAAAAGCGCCUCGACUGUCGACACCUUUAAGAGUGAAAACAACGGGUUUCUAAUAGACAUUAAGGACAAAGACGGCAGCAGCUCAGGGGAGGCCGUUCAGUGGAGCAAGAAGGCCGGCAGCCUGCAGACGGCGGAGUUCAUUUCCCACCUCCACGAGCGCGCCAACGCGGGAUCCCGCGACAACGGGGCCGAGGCCUGGACACGCAGCGAUUUGCACAGCUCUCCCAAAGAGCCGCCUCUUCCUCCUCCUCCUCUCCCAAACUUGGCCGACCCCGCUUCGGAGGAGGCCGACUGGUCACCGUGCCCGACGGCCGAGGAGGACAACAAGAGGACCGUGCACCUCAACGGUGUUCAGCCCCAGGCGGGAGAUGCUCGAGCCUGCUCCUCGCGGGUGCAGUGCCAAGCCACCGAAUGUAACGACCAGACCCUUCAGCUAAACGUUUCGCCUAUGGAGGAGAACCCGCCUUGCCAGACGGCCGUCGCGGUGAGCGAGGAAUGCCAACAAAUCGUGCCUCACACGGAAGUUGUGGACUUGAAAGCCCAGCUUCAGAUGAUGGAAAAUUUGAUCAGCUCUAGUCAGGAAACCAUAAAAGUGUUGUUGGGUGUUAUACAGGAGCUAGAGAAAGGAGAAGCUCACAGAGAAGGAAACUGCAAGAGAAUCGGAAAGAAGGGGCAUGAUGCUUGUCAAAUCAAAAUACAGAAAAAACACUUCAUCAUAACUCCUCAUCUGAUCGAGAACCCUGUGGGCACGAACACACGCAUCUACCCACAAAGUCACCCGCUAUAAAUACCAGUGCUUCCUCCACGCAUAUCAAUUUUUUAUCUUUUCCCAAAGACAGUACAGCAACAGGUGCAGCAAAUCUUUUUUUUUUAUUGCCCUCCCAUAAGCAGACCCGUUUAA